AAUCGAAGACCAUCACUCCUGCGGCUUUGCGCCGUUUCCGCAUUGAUCGGAUGCGGCUGUCCGUACUCUAGGCAGCGUCCAUGGCGUCCCCAGGCGACGUACAGGGCGCUUCUACAGGCUCCAGAUGCACCAGAGCAGACUGUACAUCGCUGCGUGAGGAGCUGGAGCUGCUGCGCGGCGACCUGCUGGAGAUCGAGGGCGAGAAUGAGCAGCUCCAUGACCAGCUGGCGACACUACAGUCCGAUGCCAGCUCGCGCGAGCUGCAGACACAGCAGAAGCUGGUGGAAAAGGAAAAUGCGAUCGCCCACUUGAGCGAGACCGUGGCUGGGCUUACGACGCAGCUACAACAGCAGCUCGAGCUGCACAGCGAGAAAACUACAGCAAGUGCGCCUGAUAAGCCUGCUACCAAGCCUGUAGAGCAAGAUUUUGAGGCUUUAAAGACGCAAAACGAGGCGUUAGAGAUUAAAUUAAAGGAAUUACAAGCACAACUGGAGAGAGAAGCCACUGCUGGCUUAAAGGCGCAGCGACAAGUGGCCCAAGUGGCCGAGGAGAGCAAGGAUGAACGCAGUGAGCUCUAUACAGCGCUAAAGGAGAACGAAAUACUGCGAGAUGAGGCAGUGGAACUGCAAGAAGCAGUGAAGAAUAUGACGAUACAGAUAAAGGAGUAUCAAGUGUCGAUCAUUGCCAUGCAGGACCAACUUGAGGCCUACCGCGACGCGGUGGAUGAGCAAACGUUGGAGAUUACGCAGCUGCAUACAAAAGUGGAAGAAUUAGAGCACGAGAAAUUGAGUGUGGAAGCCAAACUCAUCGAGAUGGACGAGCGAGAGAGCGAUGUAGACGCUCUGAUGAGCGACGUGAAGGCCAAGUUCGAGAUGGAGAAGGCCGUGCUCAUUGCAGAGCUGGAUGAGCUCAAGCGGAAGUUGAAGCAGCAGCGAAUGUUAAAUGAACAGCAGCAACAACAGGUUCAGGAAAGCAAAAAGCUGUUGAAAGACGAAGAGGAGGAAGACAUGGUUCGUGGUAGUGCAGGUGCUGGCAUGGAAGACCUCGAAAGGCAGCUUGAAAUGCUGCAAGAGCUGCGUGUCCGAGAUAAAAGCACCAUUUCAGAGCUGAAUCAGCGCAUUUUGCAACAGCAGAGCGAUCUGGAGAGCCUAGCUGAGCACUUAAACGUUGAUGCUGUCGUUGAAAGUGCAGUUGAGACUGCGGCACAAAGGCAGAAAGCCAAGUUUGACAGUCUUGAACACGAGAAUGCAACGCUGAAGAGGCGUUUGAAGGAGCAGCGUGAGCUGACACAGGAUCUUGAGCUGCGGCAAGGUAUCGUAGAGAAGCAGCUGGUGGAAGCGGAGGAGUGGAAUGCCAAGUACGAACAGCAAGCUGGACUGGAGGAUGUGGUGAAGUAUCAGAAGAAGCUGCGCGCGCAGCUAGAGCAGCAGCAGAAGAUGAAUGUCAAGUUACGCCAAGACCUCAAUGAUCAGGUGGAGGCAGCGGGGAAGCUCCAUGUGGCGUUUGAGCGGUUGAAGACAGAAGUAGGCAAACCCGACAGCUUCGAGUACGAUGAUGUUGCUAUUGCUGACCAUUUAAAGGGUCAAUUGGCGAUCAAUGGUGCUGUGAUGAAGCAGAUGGAGGUCCAAAUCCAAGAGCUUGAGGCUGAACGACUACGAUUCCUAAAAAAACUGAGAGAUCAAGCGCGGCUAACCGGUUAUAAACUGUAUGAACAGCAUGGCUUGACAACGGAACAGUGGAGCGCGGUAGAAGAGUUUAUUGAUCGCGUCAAGCAGACGCCGGAGGUUGCUAAGCGGCUUCUUGAGACUAAUUGCGAACUGGUGGGAACACGUGAUGGAGACCAGUUAGCACGGCUCGCGCAGGAGCAACAGGAUACUAUCGAUGAACUGGAGAGGAAGCUUGACGUCAGGUGUGAGGAAAACGCACUUUUGUUGAAGGAUAUUGAGCGACUUCAAAGUGAGUUGGAAGAAGCGCAGUCUCACCCGCCAGUAUUAGCAGAGCCACAACCAACCACUGGUCCAGAUGAUGGUAGGGGUGAACUUAUACGUGCCCUCGAUGCCGCAAAGACGAAGUCGCAACGACAAGAAGGUGUAAUUUACCAUUUACGUGCAGAAAUUGCGUCCCUGCGCAAGGAGCGUGAGCAGAAGGAUGGCAAGAAGGAUGUAUCGCCUCCCAGUGCGUCUGAGAACGUGGAUUGCCUACAGGAUGCGUCACGUCAUAGACUUGCAAGCGAGCCUCACAGCCAAGCAUACGCAGGAACACAAACGUCUCCCUGCGCAGAUGAAAAGAAGUCAAAGACGUCUGUUCAAAUUAAACCUGAGGACGAUAAUGACGUGUCACUGCCAGCUGAAGAGGAAACGUGCAGUCACGUUGUGGGAAGCAAGGAAGCUGCUCCGAAACACACCGAUGCAGCAAGUAAGCAGCUACCAGCAGAACAAACCCACUCCAGCACGCAUCUAGAAUCAAAACCUGGAGAAGACCGGAGCGAUCAUGCUGAUAAUAUUGCCUUGGUCGUAGCCAAGGCAAUUGAAGCCCAAUUUGCAAUUCUUCAAGCUCAAACCGGCUCGGGGUUUUCAUCCAAGGCAUCUGCUACUCUGCCCAAUAUCGAAGCAAAGGUCAAGCCUGCUUCUCCCAAGAAGUCGUCCGUUCAAACGCAUGUUCCGAAGACAGAUACUUUGUCCGUCUCUGUAGUAUCUCCGCGAUCACCUGGGGCUCGAAAGACUGUCGACAAUAUGGCGUUUGAAAGCGAGGACGAAAUGAUGCAGCAAGUUGAUUUCUUACGGGAACUGAACGUGUGUCUGGAUGAGUUAGUGACAACGGAGGCACGUAACGAGGAGCUCCAAGAGCAAUUACAUCAACAUGAAGAGGUGUUCCAGUCUCUGAUGGAUCAGCACACAGUCUUGUACCAGCAUUUUUUCCAGAUGCACGCGCAAUACACGAACGCUGAGAUUCGCCUUCGCGGUGAGCUGGACCAGAUAGCAGAAGAAAACAAAGACUACAAGCUCAAGUGUGAGCGGUAUGAAGCUGGGUUGCAUUUACUCGGCGUGCAAAACCAGCAGAUCCCCGCAAUGACCAGCGACUCACUUAUCAGUGGGAAUGAAGCGCAGUUGCGCUCCGAAGUGAUUGAGCUAACUCGAAAAGUUGCUGCGUUUGAAGUGAAUGAAGCGCGACUCAAACGGAAAUACCACCAACUGCAUAACGAAUGGCUUGGUACCACAGAGCAUAACAAACUGCUCCAACGUGAGUGGAGCGAAAUGGAGAGGACGCUCAAGUAUCGAGUUUUGUACCUUGAAACGUGGAAACAGGGCGCUGACGAGAUGAUUGAACGCAUGGAGAAGACUCUGGAGAAGAGCGUGCUGCGCGAGUUUGCUGACAAGCAGCAACGCGUGAUGGCUGAUGUUCUCAAGAAGUACAAUGUGUUAAGCGAAUCGUACGCGAAGAUGCAUGGCACGUACUUAGAUAUGUACGACCUGCCAGCUCAACUGAGCCGCGCACAGCACAGUCUGAUGGUACUGCAGGCAGAAAAGAGCGCUAAGAAGAGUACAGGAGCCGUAGGGUGUGACCCUGGAGUUCUUCAUGAUCGGAUAGCUCAACUAGAAGGCGAGUUACAAGCGCAAAUGGAGCGUGUGAAAGAGCUCGAAGACGCUAAGUGGAAAAAUAUUCUCGACGACGAGUUAGUGCACUCUUCUCCGCUCGAGGGAGACGAUAAUGAGCUUCGAGAUGAGAAUAAACUACUGUACGAGAGGAUUAACGAGGUGGAGCAACUUUAUGAAAGUCUCGCGCUUGAGUGCGCCAAGUACAAGGACAUCGCUUCGCUUGCCGCGUCUCAAGCGAACACACUGACGAAACGAGCAGCUCAGGAGCAGGGCAAUCGUGAACAACAAGAAGAACAGCUGCGUGAACUGAUGGCUGCGUCGGAAGACCACGCGAUUGUCGGCGAGCUCCAGCAUCAGUUGAUGCAGAUUAGGGCGACGUAUCAGCAGUUCCUGGUACAAUACGACCUGGUCACAGAAACGCAGCAGCAGACACUGCUGAAAAACCAACGACUUGAGCUGGAGAUGGAGAAAAAAGCCCAGGAACUGUCUGCGAUUCGAGAGAAGUCAAGCGAUCGAGUGCAAAUUCUGGAGAAUGCGAUAGCGCAAGUCAAAGAGCGGGACUGGACAGCUCGGAAUACCAAAUGGGAGGCUUUCCGGAAGCGAUUGGAUGCUCUGGAAGAUGAAAUACAAGUCGAGCAGCAACGUCGCAAACAACUUGAGAAAGACCUGGAGGACAAACAAGCGCAACUACCGCUGCUGGACCUCAAACAACGAGGUAAUCAAAGUGAGGUAGGUCGGUUAAAGAGUCGAGUGGAUGUGUUGGAAACACGAGAACGUUUGCUCAUGGGACAGCUUGAGGCUGCCACGAAGGCAACGGGGUCGAAGGAGAGGGAAAUCCGGCUGCAAGCUGAGCUUAGCGAGACCAAGGCACUGAAUGAAGACCUCAUGCGUCAGCUGGAGGCGAUCCAAGCUCGCGUCUCGGAGCUGCUGCGGUUAAAUGGAGGCCUGGAAGCGGAGAAGCGUGAACUAAGAUGCAAGUACGAGGAUCUAGAGCUGGACUUGCAGUAUGCACGUACAGGGAUCGCAGGUGGGGAGAGACGACACCACGAUAACCAGCGGGACGACUCUAGUCACUCCCCUUUGAUGCGGCAGAAGGUGGGUCUGUACGAGAAGGAUCAGGCGGAGCUACAGCAGGCUGCUCAAGUAACAAUUGCGAGCUUGAAGCAGCUCGUUGAAGAGAAGAAUGCGCUCAUCAAUGAGUAUCAGAGAAAGCUGGCAAUUGUGCGAGCGUCAACUGCCAAAGAUAAAGCGCAGGAUCGACUAGAGACAACGCAGCUCAACAAAAAACUGUAUGAAGAGAACCAACGGAUGAUCGCGCAGCUCAAGGAAGCGAUGAGUACUAUAAGCAGUAUGGAGAGAUCAGGCAAGAGCAAACAGGCUUUACAAGCAGCUCAAGAACGCCACGACCAUGCUUUACAAGAGUGGAAACAAGCCGAGAUAGCGUUGGAAGGUGCAAAACAGUCGAUCCGCGAGUUGCAGAUGGAGCGCGAAGUCCUGAGAAACGAGAGAGACCUCGCUGAAGCUCGUGCUGGGGAGGCAUUGGAGGAAAUCGUGCUGCUGAAGGAGAAAGUGGUGGAGUGUGAGAAGCACAGCCAAAAGUUGGAGCACCAGGUUGCGUUUAUUAAGCGUGAUUUAGUGAAGAAGGAGGAAAAGCUCAAGGCGCUACGAGACGCAAUCAUUAAGCUGAAGGAAGAGUUUCUGAAGGCUGAAGAUCGUCAUGCUAUUGAGCUCGUGAAGGUGCAACACGCGAUGAAUCAGGACCUGAGUGCUAGGAAGCGGAAAGAGAAGGAACGUCGCGAGGAAGAAGAGGACGAAUGGAGAGAGGAGAAGACGCGGUUGCAGAGUCAAGUGCAGAUUCUGCAAGAGAAGCUAGCAUUACUCAAGAAAAAGCACGAUCAACAAACGAGGCGAAAGAAGAAAGCUGAAAGUGAGGAGAAGGAGGAGAAAGACAGCAGUUCAGAGGUGGAAAUGCAGAUAUUGAAGGGUGAAGUCGAGCGUCUGAAGCGGUCGCUGAAGGAAAAAGUGGUCAGUGAAGCGAGGGCAGUAGAAGAGUUGGAGAAGAAGAUUAAGAUCCUGCAGGCUCAGAACCUCGCGCUGCGUGAGGCUUCGACUCACGCACCAGCGGUCCCGACGGAAGUUGAUGCGAAGGCGAAACGCGAGCAGCUUGAGAGUGAGCGGAAGCUUCAACGUCGUGUGGAUAUCUUGAUGCUUCGGCUCAAAGAGAAGCAGGCGGAUGGGAGCAGCAAAGACAGCGAACUGGAACGUUGUAACGAACGAAUAGCGAAGUUGGAGGCCGAUUUGCAGUCGCAACAAGCAAAGAAUGAGAAGGAGCGUCUGGCUCAUUCAACCGCUGCACCUGUAGUCUCCUCAUCAGUGAAGCAGCAGUUGGAAGAACUGGAGCGCCAGAAUACCUUCCUCCAGGAAACUUUGGCGUUGAAGCGGAAGGAAUGGGAGGACUCGUUUACCGCCCAAAUGGAGAAGUACGAAGCGCAGUUACAGCGUCUACGCCGUCGACUCGUUCAGCAUGGUAUACCCUCGACUGACGAUGCAGACACAAGUGAGCAUGAGCCUCAGUCGAGACUGCAACGAGAAGAACAGCGUUAUCUCGUGGAGCAGGAAGUGAGAGAAGAACUCCUGGCUGUAGGUGAAGAGCUGCGUAGUAAAGAGCAGGAUAUGGUGACGAAAGACACCAAGAUACUCGAAUUGGAGCUCGAGGUCGAAAGCUUCCGGCUUGAAUACAAGCGGCUGCAGCGGAAUAGCCAGCAUGGUGAUGGUCUGCAUGGUAGCGAUGAUACGUCGAAGCAGCGUCGCGGUAAAGGUGUUGGUCGUGGAUCUUCAUGGGCGACUCAGGAACGACUCGAGCUCGAGGAAGUGAUUGAGAACAUGAAGAAAGUGAUCGAGAAACUGCGUGCGGAGAACGAGAAGCUGAAAAAGGCAGCGGAGAAGCAGGUGUCGAUAUCUCCUGAGCGAGUGGAGGCUAUGCGACGCAAGCUGAAGGAGCAGAAAGAAGUUCGAGAACGACUGGACGCUCAGCUGGAGAAAUUGCAGCUUGAGAACGGCGAGUUGAAGAAGGACAAGCUGAAACUUCAGCAGAAACUCCGUGCCAAGACAUCGUCUUCUAAAUUAAAGAGCGAGAGUACUGCAUUAGAGCUUCAACUCAAGGAGAAGGAGCGACUAUUGCUGCAGUCGGAGAAGGAGCUGGCAGAGUUGCGACAUCGAGUGCUUCAGUUGGAACUGCAACUUGAACGUGACGCCAAUGUCGAAGAUGAGACACAAAUGCAACAUGAACAGGAAGAACGCAUCAAAGAGCUAGAAACCCAAGUGCUCGAGCUGGAGGACGAAAACACGAAGCUAACCAAUGAAUUGGCGGCGUUCGACGAAGACUUCUUCGAGGAGAUCGAAGAUCUGAAGUACAAAUACGCACAAGCUGUCCGUGACAAGCGCCAACUAGAGAAAAGACUUGCACGCAGUGACGGAAUUUCCCCCAAAUCGACAUCUUCGCGACGUAGCAGAAGCUAAGGGAACUUAUGUAUAUUAAAAACUGUAAUAAAUGAACCACUUUUGAGC